AUGGUGAAGGGGGGAGGGGAGGGAAUCCAACUACUGGGUGAUCUAAGCCCAUCCAUUGGGGCAGAAGGUAACCAGCACCGACAAGCAGCCAGCCGGUCCGGCGCCAACACAGCAGCGCCAGCCACAGCCCCGUCCGGUCACACUGGGGCUGAAGGCAUGUCGGAGGAGGACCUGCAAGACAAAGCUCUGGGCGUGGCCAAACACGUGCUGGGCGGGAAGACGGAGCUGGAGCGCGAGGCCGUGCUGCAGCAACACCUGGGCAGCCGGGCCAUGGGGGACAUGGUCAUCGAGACCUUCGAGCCCGGCCCAGAUAAAGGAGGAGGUGGAGACCCUGGCGGUUCAUCAGCAGAUCAGGACGGAGAACCUCAGGAAGUUCUGGAGGGAACCGAAGCUCCACAGGAUGCCGCCGAGGCGCCCGGCUCGCCCUCCAAGCAGCUGCUGGACCAGAUGUCCUUCUUCAGCGGGAACCCGUCGGUGGAGAUCGUGCACGGCAUCAUGCACCUGUACAAGACCAACAAGAUGACGUCCCUGACGGAGGCCGUGCGGCGCAGCGCCAUGGUGUGCAUCCUCAGCGUUCCCGCCACCAUGACCAGCCACGACCUCAUGAAGCUGCUGGCGCCCUUCAACGACGUGACGGAGCACAUGAAGAUCAUCCGGGACUCCACCCCCAACCAGUACAUGGUGCUGCUCAAGUUCUGCUCGCAGGCCGAUGCAGACAGCUUCUACACGGCGUGUAACGGCCGUCCGUUUAACUCCAUCGAGGACGCCGUGUGUCAGAUGGUUUACGUGGAGCGAGCCGAGGUCAUAAAGUCUGAAGAGGGCGCCAGCCUGCCGGUGAUGGAGCUCACCGAGCUCCCGAAGUGCACCGUGUGUCUGGAGCGGAUGGACGAGUCGGUGAAUGGCAUCUUGACCACGCUGUGUAACCACAGCUUCCACAGCCAGUGUCUGCAGCGCUGGGACGACGCCACGUGUCCGGUGUGUCGGUACUGUCAGACUCCAGAACCCGUGGAGGAGAACAAAUGCUUCGAGUGCGGCGUGCAGGAGAACCUGUGGAUUUGUCUGAUCUGCGGUCACAUCGGCUGCGGCCGCUACGUCAGCCGCCACGCCCACAAGCACUUUGAGGAGACACAGCACACGUACGCCAUGCAGCUCACCAACCACCGCGUGUGGGACUACGCCGGAGAUAACUACGUCCAUCGCCUGGUGGCCAGUAAGACCGACGGGAAGAUGGUCCAGUACGAGUGUGAAGGAGACACCUGCCACGCCGAGAAGAUCGACGCGCUGCAGCUGGAGUACUCGUACCUGCUGACCAGUCAGCUGGAGUCCCAGAGGAUCUACUGGGAGAACAAGAUCGUUCACCUGGAGAAGGAGACCACGGAGGAGAUGAACAACAUGAAGGUUAAAUUCAAGGAGACUCUGGAGCGCUGCGACAACCUGGAGCGGCGGAGCGGAGAAAUAGGCAAAGAGAAGCAGGCCAUGGAGAAGAAGUGCACUCAGCUGCACACUCGAGUGGUGAAGCUGAGCCAAGAGCUGAAGGAGGAGCAGGAGAUGAACCGCUGCCUGAGAGCCAAUCAGACGCAGCUGCAGUCACAGCUGGCGGAGGAGGAGCGCAAAGCAAAGGAGACUGGCGAGCGUAAGGACGGCGCCAUCGGGGAGCUGCAGGAGCAGCUGAGGGACGUCAUGUUCUACCUGGAGGCGCAGCAGCACAUCGAGCACCUCCCCCCGGAGGCCCGCAGCGAGAUCCAGGAGGGCCAGAUCAACAUCGGGGCCGGCCCGGCAGACGGCGCCGCGGCAGGCCACGCCUCCUCCCCCCCCUUUUCUGGCAGAGGGAGGAGGGGCCGGGGCAGGAAGAGGAGGUAACCUCCUCCUCCAUCAGACGUUGGUGUUACCAGAAGAAACUUCAUGACAUACGAACAGAAACACCAGAGUACCAUGUGGAGUACUUUCUCCUGAAGCCGGAAGAUGAACAUUUGUUUGUUUUUGUUUUCUUAAAUCCGGUGAAAUGCAGAAAUUAUUUUCUUUCUUUUUUCCAAAAAUUUUCUCCAAAAGAAGUGAAUUUGACUUGUUUUAUGUUUUCGUACCACGAGUUCUCCUCAUGAUAAGAAUUAUGAUUUAGAUUGAGGAGCAUAUUUAUCAUCAGUACUUCAACUUGAGUAUCGUGGUACUUGUACAUAACUUGAGUAUCGUGGUACUUGUACAUAACUUGAGUAUUUCGAUGCUACAUUGUAGUUUUACUCCUCCAGGUUUAAGUAAAAAAAGUUUUGACUUUGUAACUUUACAGGUUAAUAUGUUAGUCAACGCCUGUUAGCUUAGCAUAAAGACUUGUUCUCAUGCUACAUGCUAAGCUAACUGUUGGCGUAGCUUCAGAUCACAAUGUGUGUGUGUGUGUGUGUGUGUGUGUGUGUGUGUGUGUGUGUGUGUGUGUGUGUGUGUGUGUGUGUGUGUGUGUGCGUGUGUGCGUGUGUGCGUGUGUGUGUGUGUGUGUGUGUGUGUGCUGCAUAAAAAAUAAAAAGGUCCUUUAAAAAGUUUAGUUUCUGUUGGUCACAGCUCGAUGUCUGAUUGGCUGCUGCAGAAGCACAACUGCCCCUCCUCUUCCUCAUCGCCCUCCUUUCUCCUCUUCCUCUUCACAACCCUAACAGUUUACUCACAGCAGCCCGUUGAACAGAAACUGUGAAUGCUUCCUCUUCCUCUCCUCUUCCUCCCCUCCUCACACCGUCGUCAUGUGUGUCUCUUCAGCUCAGCUUGGUUGCCAUGGACACCAGUAGCCGUCCAGGUGGAGGUGUUGUCCGCGUAGUGAGGAAAUGAUAUGUAUGCAAACUGCUUUUGCAUUUCUAUUUACGCCACAAACAGCUGAAACUAGGAGUCACGGUUACUAUCCACGUAUUUUAUUAUCCACAUAUCACGCAAUAAAUCAGUUUCCCAAAUAUAUAUAAAUUAAUGUAUAUGUAUUCAUUUAUAUAUAUAUUAAUUUAUAUAGAUAUAUGUGUAUAUAUAUAUUUAUGUAUAGAUAUAUAUGUGUGUUUUAAUAUUUAUAUUUAUACAUGCUACACCUCAGAUGUCUGAUUGUUAUCUCUGGUGCCUGAACGCGCCUGGAGAAGUUUUAAUUGUGUUUAAACAUUUUAUUUAGUGUUUUAUGUUUUGCUCAUUCUGCUGUAAGUGAAAUAAAAUAUCAAGACUGAAAUACUGA